AUGUGUAGGAUCUUUGACGAAGAUCAACGGGAGAAGGUUGCAUUUUACAGGAAUGCCAAUGCUAGUCAUGGGAAAGAAAAGAAGCCUAUGACUCACAGUCGUGCUAAGCCAUAUUCUGCCCCUCCCGGGAGUUCUCAGCCAGUUAACAGAGUGUCUCAGCCUGCUGGUAGAGGUGGUGGUAGUGGUGCUCUUGCUACACCUGCUAUGCCAACCCGAUGUGGUAAGUGUGGUAAGAUGAGUCAUUUUGCUCGUGAGUGCCUAGAUAGUGACGUGACUUGUUUCAACUACAGAGGUAAGGGCCACCUCAGUACUAGUUGCCCACAUCUGAGGAGUGGAAGUCUGAAUAACCAGAGCAGACGACCAAGGACCACAGGGAGAGUGUUUGCUCUUAGUGGUGCUGAUGCUGCAAAGUCUGAUGAUCUCAUUCAAGGUGAUAUGUUUUUGUUUGCUAACCAAGUUAAGGCAUCUUUGAGGGAGGAUGCACGAGUAUACAUGAUCUUAGCUAGUAUGAGUGUCGAGACCAAAACCCCUGUGAGUGAUAUACCAUUGGUGAGAGAGUUUCCAGAGGUGUUUGACGAGGUGUCGGGAUUACCACUUGAGAGAAAGGUCUGGACCCAUAUCCAUAGCACCUUAUAG